UUCAUUAUUUUCCAAAGGGCGACGUCUACAAAUGGGGACCGUGAGGAUGAUUUUGGGAGGAGUGCUGCAUCCGCAUUUGGCAUCAGGGAGACGUUCUCGCCGCCGGGUGCGUCAGUUCCGGCGGGUCCCCGGCUUCAUUCAGAGUGCUCGGAAGGUCGGAGCGAGUCAUGAAGCUGCAGGUGGUCUUGCUCGCCGUGCUUUGGAGCGGGCUGAUCCGCUCGCACGCGUCUGAGGGUGAAAGUCGAGGAAGAGGAUUUGGAGAUCAUAUUCACUGGAGAACACUAGACGAUGGUAAAAAAGUAGCCGAAGCCAGUGGUCUGCCACUGAUGUUGAUCAUACAUAAAAGCUGGUGUGGUGCUUGUACAGCUCUGAAACCAAAGUUUGCCUCUUCUCAGGAGAUCUCAGAACUGGCACAUAACUUUGUCAUGGUGAAUGUGGAGGAUGAUGAGGAGCCAAAGGAUUCGGCACUUAGCCCAGAUGGAGGUUAUGUACCUAGGAUUUUAUUCUUGGAUGCUCGAGGAAAUGUUCAUCCUGAGGUCACUAAUCAAAAGGGAAAUCCCAAAUACAAAUAUUUCUACAGUUCUGCUGACCAAGUGGUAGCUGCUAUGAAGGAAGCCCAAGAAAAGCUGACUGGUGACGUAGCUACACAACAACGAUACACAGAUGAAUUUUGAGCUGAUCAUCCACUGGCUUCUCCACACUGACAAUCCACAUUGUCGGACAAGAAAGAUCGUUAAAAUUAUCCAAGAUCAUUUACUGAUUUAUCAUUAUGAUAUUAUUUGAAGGUUAUUUUAAAUUUUUAUUUACUGAUUUUCAAAAUCAGUAAAUCUAGAAAGAUAUUCUUACACUUUCAGAUCUUUGGGAGAUCAUAACUAUUUUAAGGACUUGUGGGAUAGCUGAUUGUAUUCAUGUUAAUGGUAAUACGUCAAUGCAUUUACAUCAAUGCAAAUUCUAAGUAAAUUUUGCAGAGACAUUCUUCAAAAAGAACAGUUUUUCAGCUGUCAUGAAAAAUUGGUGCCUAAAACAUUGUUUAGUGCAAUAACUGUUACAAACUACAUAUGUGACAUGAUGUAUUUUGCAUGGAUCCAAAUUGCUUUUUCCCUAGGCUACAGAUAAAGCCUUGUUGAACUUCAAUAGUCUUUUCCUAGGCUACUUAAAUAUAGAGUAUUUCCUUAGACUGACUUUGCUCAAACUCAUUUGGUGAUAGUUUGAGCUCUCAGUUGAUACUUGGAGGUUAAUACUGAAUUAUGUAUUUAGAAACAUUAAUUUAGUUAACAGAAAAGAGGCAUGACUUUCAAUUCCAGCAGCAAGUCUGGUAUCAUAGAGUUCUGACUUGAGCCACGUUAUUUUAAAUUAAAAUUACUUAAUGGCUUUUCAAGAAAUUCCAUUCUCCCCUGUUCCAUAGAUGGUCUAAUUAUAUAUUUGCUGAAGUAUGGUGUUAGCCCGGGAAUUUGGCUGCACACAUUAGAGCUUCUGGUUUUUGGAAUCAUGGAAGUUUUUGGUUGAACACCCUUGCAGAGUGGAAACCUGAUGAAUACACAGUGGAGAAAAGUGAAUUCAUGAUGUCUGCAGCACUAAGCGAAGGGGAAACUUAAGCCUGAUUAAGCUUAAAUGAAAACAAGACUUGGGGAUGCUUUUGUAUUAUUCCUGGUGGCCAGCCCUUUAAUUCUAAUUGCCAUUUCCAUCCCGACAUUCCAUGGCCUCUAGUGCCAUGAUGAGGCCACUCACAGAGUGGAGGAGCAACACCUCAUAAUCCAUCUUGGCAGCCUCCAACCUGAUGGCAUGAACAUCAAUUUCUCCUUUCGAUAUUUUUUUUCUUUUCCCCUCCCCCUUCCCUAUUUUUCUGCCCCCCCCCCCCCAAACUCUGGCCUAUUAAUUAUUCUUCUCACCUGUCUAUCACCUCCCCCUGGUGUCCCACCUUCUUUCCUUUCUCCCAUGGUCCACACUUCUGUCCUGUCAACUUCCUUCUUCUCCAGCCUUUUACCUUUUCAAAUACCUGGCUUCACCUAUCUCCUUCGGGGUUUGUCUUCCCUCCCCUCUUCCCACCUAUUCUUGUGUUUUCCCACUUCUUUUCCAGUCCUGAUGAAGGGUCUUUGCUGAAACUGACUGUCAUUCAUUCUCGAAGGAUGUUGCGUGACCUGCUGAGUUCCUCCAGCAUUUUGUGUUUGUUGCUCUGUAUUAAUUGUUAUUUUUCAAAUGGGUUAGCACAUUUACCAAAAUAUUAUUUUGCAGCUUAAAUAUUUGUCACAAAGAUCAUGUCAAAUUAUAAUGACAACUGGAAACCUCUGAGUAUUAGCAUUUCUGAAUUCAAAUGAUUUUUAAGUCUUAAUGAAGUGUUAAUCCUAAAUAGCUAUUUAAAUAAUAGCUUUAAUAUGGUUCUGCUGAUUCGGAUACUAAUCAAAUACGUGGGAUAAGUUUCAGCCGCUUGUUUUGCAUACUUGAGGUGGUAAAAAUUUCCUAGAACUGUUUCUUAGCGCCAAUAUAUUUAUAAAGAAUAUUUCCUGUCUUUGAUUGUUUUGGCUUAAUAGAGUCAUAUGGGGCCAUGUAAGAAUAUUCUUUUCUCCUGUAUAUUUCAUUUUUUAACAGAACAUAUAAUCCUGGUGUAUGUGUCAGAUUGGAAAUGGUCUCUGAUGAAAAUUUACAAGAAUCAAAUCAAAAAGCCAAUGUAAUUUCUGUACUUUUAAACUAUUAAUAUCCUGUCUCUAAAGCAAAUCAGACUGGUAAAACCGAGGUUUUCUUUCUGUUGAAAUGUAUGAAGGGAAAUCCUUGAAGAUAUAAUGGAGUGGGGUGCAGUGUAAUUGUACUUGUAUUUUAUCCUGUAUUUUUGAUACAUUUUUUGGAAUGAAAAAUAUAAAGCUGAAAGAAUUGUGCAGUGUAUAUAUGGAACAUCGUUCUACUUUUUAAAAUAUUUUGCUUCCAAGUAACUUUCCUCAGUCAUUUGGAUUGGAGUGAUUGAUUUCUUUGAGUAUGUAGAAAGCUCGGCACCAGAAGAACAGUUGGUUUAUACUUCCAUUUGGCAGGCAGCAAUUCUAUAAACAAAAAUUGAACAAGUUGGUGAUGAACACCUCCAUGAUCAGAUUUUUAUCAAAGUUCUAAUUUAUGCAAACUUUGAAUGCAAAUACAGCCAUGGGUACCACUAUAUGUUACAUAAAGAUGGCUGAGGUUUAUGUUUAAUUGCACAAAAGUGGAAUUUAAAUUGAAAACAAUAAUAAGGACCUUUUGUCUUUUAGUUUAAGAUUAUUUUCAAUAAUUUUAGAAACAUUACUGGUUUGCAAUGGUAAUGAUUGCUAACAAGGCAAAAUAGUUGAAAGCAAGUGGAAUUUAAAAAUGGUUAUUUUGAAGGGGAUCUAAGUUUCAGAAGGUAUUGCCCCUCAAACAUCAGGAGUGUACUUGAGCAAGAUGUGUUAAUUUAAGCAAUUGAGGGAUUGCUUAGAGGCAGCUGCUGUUUAAAA